CAGCAUCUGAAGCAAGACGUCUCUACAGCCAUGGAAAACGCAUUGUUGAUGCGAGUGAGUGUUUUCUCCGACCAGGGAGGAAGGAAAUACAUGGAGGAUGUUACCGAGGUUGUAAUGGAGCCCGAGCCGGGGGAAGACGAGCUGAACUCGGACGAACAAGACGAGACCAAAGGGAAUAGCUCGACGGUCCACAUUGUGCCGGAAAAGCCUGAAAACGAGCAGCAAGAUCGGACUGCACACAACGCACUGAACGAUCCUCGAUCUGCCUCUACUAAAGUUGCAUGGACACAAAAUGGGGACCAAAGUUGUAGCAGCCGCGGCACUGGCACACCCCAGCGCUCAGUGGCUUUCUUCGCGGUGUUUGAUGGCCACGGAGGCCGCGAGGCAGCGCAAUUCGCACGGGACUAUUUGUGGGAAUUCAUCAAGAAACAGCGGGGCUUUUGGUCCAAGGAUGACGAGGAAGUGUGUGCAGCUAUUCGGAAAGGUUUCGUUGCCUGCCACCAUGCAAUGUGGAAAAACUACGUGACCGAAUGGCCCAAGACUUUCACGGGGCUUCCCAGCACCUCAGGCACCACGGCCAGUGUAGUGGUCAUCCGGGGGGACCGCAUGUACGUGGCCCACGUAGGAGACUCUGCCAUAGUGCUAGGGGUUCAGGACGAUCCCACUGACCAGUUCAUCAGGGCCGUGGAGGUCACACAGGACCACAAGCCUGAGCUGCCUAAGGAGAGAGAGCGCAUCGAAGGGCUGGGGGGCAGUGUGAUAAAGAAGUCUGGGGUGAACCGGGUGGUGUGGAAGAGACCCAGGCUGACUCACAACGGGCCCGUCCGGAGGAGCACUGUCAUAGACCAGAUCCCUUUCCUGGCUGUGGCCAGAGCUCUAGGGGACCUGUGGAGCUAUGACUUCUACAGCGGAGAGUUUGUGGUGUCCCCGGAGCCAGACACCUGUGUGCUGACCCUUGACCCCAACAAACACCGUUACAUCAUCCUGGGCAGUGACGGGCUGUGGAACAUGGUGCCCCCCCAGGACGCCGUCUCCAUGUGCCAGGACAACGAUGAGGCCAUGGCGCCAUGCGGGGUGUCCAGCGCUCGCCAGCUGGUGAGCCAUGCCCUCCUGAGGUGGCGCCAGAGGAUGCUGCGUGCGGACAACACGUCGGCCAUCGUGAUCGCCCUGCAGGAGCCCGGCGUCCCCCAGGAGCCGCUCCACCAUGAGGAGGUGCUGCUCAACCUGGCCGAGGGACAGCACUGUGGCCCCACAUCGGGCUCCCGCUCCAACACACCACUCAUCAAGGUUCCAGACAUGGACCUGCCGUCUGCUGUGUGUGAGCUCCUCCCGACCCUGGAGAGACGAAACGGCCUAUCAGGGAGCAGCCUGUACGCCCUGGCCCUAUCAGAUCCUUUCGGCCCGCCUCUCUCCGACUCGGACGACGACUCCCGCACUGGGUUUCCCUCGACGACCGACAGCCCCGCACUGGGGGAGGAGCUUAGUGAUGUCACCGCCAGGACGCCCGGCGCCAAACGGACGCUGGAUGAGACGUCGCCCAACCCCGUCCCGUCCGCCAAGAGGACCCGGAGGAAGAAUGGCGAGAGAACGCCGGCGGGGGCAAAAGACAGUGGAGGAAAGGACCAGAAACAGUCUCCGACUCCGCCCCCCACCAACGUGUCCCCAGCGCUACUCCGGCAGCAACACGGCAAGACCACCGUGUGUGUGUGCUGAGAGAGAGAGACACACACACACUCACACACACACACACACACACACA